AUGGAAGACCUAAUAAGGUUGACGUCUUGUGAUGAUGGGCGAUGUUGUUGCUUGACACCUCGUACCAGUGUGGUGCUCAUUUCUAUAAUAGGACAGGUAGGAUGCUUAUUGGAAAUUGUGUCCAAUUAUGGUAGUGAAUGUAUAACCAGCCCACGUCAUGUGGACACCUUACGGAAUCUACUAUUAACAUUCUUCCAAAUGGCAAAUAUGCUACUCUUAUUAGGAUCUAUUGUAGAAUAUGCCUGGCUAUUGCGAGUGUACUUGUGGUACACUUUGGCGUUCAUCGUUCUCGGUUUUGUUGUCUCCAUCGCUGGAUUUCUCUACCGUUACCAACAUCAUGGCGUGUGGAGUUUAGCCUUCUUGGUACCAGAAGUCACUUUUCUUUUCGUAAUGUACCGGUGCCUGCCUUUAGUGGAUACCUAUCGAAGACGAAUUGAAGUAAUCGGGAACUAG